GGCUCUGCCCCGGUGGGUGUGCCAGGAGACGGCUCAACAGGUCCCGACACAUUUCUCUGAAAACUGUACUUCGCCAAGGCGAUUUUAUUGCGAUCCGGCGGUUUUGAGCGUUCGCAGCGUUUUCCGCCCUUGGGCAGGCUCUCGCAGCUGAUUUUUGACACGUUUCCUACGCUGCACGAUUCGCUGCCUUGGUUAUUUUUUUUUGGGCGUUGGGGGAAUUGUCAGAUGAAAGUGCCAUUUACCUCUCCGACAUGCUCCGCUUCCCUCCCGGCUCCCCUCCACGCUCCGAAGGAAGAAGGCAGCGCUGGAGUUAAUGGUAAAGUAAUGGAUUCCAAAGAAUUGCUUAACCCGUUGGAUCAGGACAAAACCAGGAAAAAUGCACUCAUCAGUACCAAAGGAGGGAUCGUGAUGGACUUCCAUCCACCCUUCAGGGGUGGAGCUACCGUGCAAGCCCCUGUGUCUACAUCUCCUCUCCCUGCAUCCUCUCAGUCGGAACCCAGUCAGCAACCUGCUUUGGCCGACUUUCCGAAAGGAUUAGGAAACAAUGUGCCUCAGCCAGACCUUUCCAAGGCAGUGUCGCUCUCGAUGGGACUGUACAUGGGCGAGACAGACGCCAAAGUGAUGGGAAACGACCUCGGGUUUUCGCACCAGGGCCAAAUCGGCGUCCCCUCCGGAGAAACGGACUUCAGGCUCCUGGAGGAAAGCAUUGCGAGCUUGAACAAGUCCUCGAGCCUGGCCGAGGACGCGAAGGGAACCGCGUCUUCGGAGGCGCCGCUGGAGCCCGACUUCGCGGGCAUGGCCGGGCGCGGCGUCCCCGCCGAGCCGGGAGCCGCGCUCCAGAGCCAGGUGGGCUCCAACGGGGGCAACUUGAAGUUGUUCUCUGAAGACCAAAGCACCCUGGACAUCCUCCAGGAUCUGGAAUUGCCGCCGGUGUCGCCGGGCAAGGAGCCCAACGGGAGCCCGUGGCGGCUGGACCCGUUGCUGGAUGACGGUGGCUUGCUGUCGCCCAUCUCCGCCGACGACGCCUUUCUGCUGGAGGGAAGUCUCGCCGAAGACUGCAAGCCUCCUCUUUUAUCUGACACUAAACCUAAAAUUAAUGACCGUGGUGACCUUCUACCCAGUUCCAAAAUGCCAAUGCCUCAAGUGAAAACGGAGAAGGAAGACUACAUUGAACUGCAUACUCCCGGCAGCAUCAAGCAGGAGAACACGAGCCCGCUUUACUGCCAGGCCAACUUCGGGUCGAACCUGCUGGGUACGAAAGUCUCGGCCAUCUCCAUCCACGGAGUCAGCACCUCUGGGGGACAGAUGUACCACUAUGAUUUAAAUACUGCCUCGCUCUCUCAGCAGCAGGAUCAGAAACCAAUUUUUAAUAUCAUUCCAUCCCUUCCUGCCGGGUCAGAAAAUUGGAAUAGGUGCCAGGGAUCGGGGGACGAGGCAUUGGCUCCGCUGGGAACACUCAACCUCUCUGGCAGACCUGCUUUCUCUAAUGGCUAUUCAAGCCCUGGAAUGAGGUCAGAUGUAAGCUCCUCUCCAUCCACAACCUCAGCGACCACGGGACCACCUCCCAAGCUGUGCCUGGUGUGCUCUGACGAGGCCUCCGGGUGCCACUACGGUGUCCUGACGUGUGGCAGCUGCAAAGUGUUCUUCAAAAGGGCGGUGGAAGGGCAGCACAAUUACCUGUGUGCCGGCAGGAACGACUGCAUCAUCGACAAGAUCCGCAGGAAGAACUGCCCCGCCUGCCGCUACCGCAAGUGUCUGCAGGCGGGCAUGAACCUGGAAGCCAGGAAGACCAAGAAGAAGAUCAAGGGGCUGCAGCAGGGCGGCGCGGCGGCGCGCGAGGCUGCGGAGGCGGCGGGCAGCAAGAGCCUGGUGCCAGCCUCGCUGCCACAGCUCACCCCCACCCUGGUGUCCCUGCUCGAGGUCAUCGAGCCCGAGGUGCUCUACUCGGGCUACGACAGCUCCCUGCCCGACUCCAGCUGGAGGAUCCUCUCCACGCUCAACAUGCUGGGCGGCCGGCAGGUGGUGGCUGCGGUCAAGUGGGCAAAGGCGAUCCCAGGUUUCCGGAAUUUGCACCUGGAUGACCAAAUGACCCUCCUGCAGUACUCCUGGAUGUUCCUGAUGGCUUUUGCUUUGGGCUGGAGGUCCUACAAGCAGUCCAAUGGCAACCUGCUGUGCUUUGCCCCAGACCUGAUCAUUAAUGAGCAGAGGAUGAACCUCCCGUGCAUGUACGAGCAGUGCAAGCACAUGCUGAUGGUGGCCCGAGAGCUGUCCCGCCUCCAGGUGUCCUACGAGGAGUAUCUCUGCAUGAAGACCCUGCUGCUCCUCUCCACAAUUCCCAAGGAGGGCCUGAAGAGCCAGUCCCUGUUCGAGGAGAUCCGCAUGACGUACAUCAAGGAGCUGGGCAAGGCCAUCGUCAAGAGGGAAGGGAACUCCAGCCAGAACUGGCAGCGAUUUUAUCAACUGACUAAACUGCUGGACUCUAUGCAUGAUGUGGUUGAAAAUCUUCUGAGCUUUUGCUUCCAGACAUUUUUGGAUAAAUCCAUGAGUAUUGAGUUCCCAGAAAUGUUGGCAGAAAUCAUCAGCAAUCAGAUACCAAAAUAUUCCAAUGGAAAUAUCAAGAAGCUCUUGUUUCAUCAGAAGUGACUGCCUUAACACAAAGGGUUGCCUUAAGAAACCGUCACACGAUAGCUUUGUUUUGUAAAGAGAAAACCUACAGACCUUGUUCCCUUUGUCCUCGCAGGUGUUUCUUUUGUAAUUAUGCACUACAUGUGGUUUACAGAGGGCCAAGAGUUAGGCUGGAGAAGCUGCGGAUUUCUCGCCUUUGGGAAAGGAUGGGGGAGAAAGGAAAGGAAAAGGAAAAGGAAAAGGAAAUCGGUUUGGGCAGAAAUUUUCUCUCUCCCCUCGUGCACCAUCCCUGGGUGCAUCAAACCACCAGUGACAAGCUCUGAGGCUGUUACGAACAUUCUGCUAAUUAAUUAAUUAAUUGCUGCAGUUGGCUGGAGACAAUUUUUUAGGCUUUUUUUUUUUUUUUUUAUUUUAGUAAAGUGUUUUGGAUUUUUUUUUUUUUUUUAAAGUUAAGAUAGUAUUUUGGUUUAUGCAUGUAACCUGAAGAAAGUUUACAAGUGUAUAUCAGAAAAGGGAAGUUGUGCCUUUUAUAGCUAUUACUGUCUGGUUUUAGCAAUUUCCUUUAACUUUAUAUACCGUGAACUCGGCUUGUUCAUUUUUUCUUACAUAAUUUUUUUGUAAUACUUCAAGAUGCCUAUUGUACAGCAGGUUUUUUAAGGUGGGGCAGCUCGUAGCUUUCCUAAAUGACCUCUAGACAGUAAAUACUCGAGUAGAUUCAUGUGAAACUGGGUUGGGCUUUUCUAACCUAAUGCUUUCAACAGGCAAAGUGGCCAUAAAAAUUGGGCUUUUUGUAAGGGCCAGGGUGGGUGGGAGAACACUCUCAAAUCUCAUUUCAGUAGAUCCGGAUGAAACAAAUCCUUUUGGUACAUUGCAAAAGCGUUGGAUAUGCAGAUUCAUAGAAAAUUAACCCAGUCCUAACUGGAUGUAAAUGAGCAGGUUAUUUUAUAUACUGAAAAACAAAAAAAAAGAAAAAAAAAAAAAAGAAGAAGAAGCCUGAUUUUUGCAUAUGAUGCAACAGCCAUAACGCAAAGAGUCAUGGGCUGCAUUGAUGCCAAGAAGAUCAGUCCUGACUGCCCAUCAGGAAAUUUUCAGGAAAAUAUGCAUAGCUUCAGAAAAGUUUACUUCUGUGUGGAGAAACUCCGUUUUGUACACACCUAAAGCUGUCAUCACACCGACGUUUCUGGAGCCCCCACGGACAGGGGAGGACGUGCGAGGGCACCGGGGGCUGGGGGGAUCCUGGAUCCUCCUCCCUGGGGAUGGAUCCCCCAGCUCGACUCACCUGGUCAGAGACCCAAUUCCACAUCCCCACCCUGGCUGGCUGCUCCAUCCUCCCUGGAGAGCAGGAGAGCUCCGCUACUGACUUCGUGCUCUUAGAGUUGUCCGUCAAACUUUGUCUUUGUAAGGCUGCAGCCCUUCACAUGGAAUUCCUGGCGUGCCAUAAAUGCCCAUAGGCCUUGUGGAUUUCUCCUUGUUGCCAUUGAUGAGGAUAUUUUCGACAUUUAGAAGCUGUAGUAGCCUUUUCUACGUGCACCUUAACAAUUUUCUGUAUCUCAAAACUGAAAUAUUUACUAUGCCACUCUAAAAUUUGAUUUUUACUCAAAGUGGCCAGAUCGUUUGUGUAAUAGAAAUGAGAAAGAUCAUCUGAGAAAAUACAAAACCUAAUAUAUUUUUAUAUUUAGUUAUAGUUUCAAAUAUGUAUAAUCGGUAUAUUCGCUGAUCCGAGAAAAAAAAAAGGGAAGGGCUACUGCAGCUUUAAAAGCAAUUUAUUAAAUGAUUGUAAAAUAGCUUGUAUAGUGUAUAAUAAGGAUGAUUUUUAGAUGACAGAUUGCUUUAUCAUGAUACAUGUAAUUAUAUUUUUUGUAGGGGUCACAGAUGCUGAGUGGGGAGCGCGGCGUGGCGCUGCCGGGGUUGGUAUCCAAAGAAGCUCAGAGGGGAACCUGUGCUCCCUGGGUGUGUGUAGGGUGGGCUUGUGUUUCUUGAAUCACUGUGUACAAUUCCCGUUGGUUUUUUGGGGUUUUUUUGGGGUGGGAUCCUCCUGUCUGUGUGGUGGGGCACGGCUGACCCAGACCCCGCUGCAAAACCGUCCCAGCUCCGAGCGGGGGUGCAGGCACAGCCUCCCUCCCUCUGCAGAAACCGCUUCAGAAUCGGGCAAUAAUCCACAUCCAGGUGCCAGCAAUAUGUAAAUACAGAGCGUGGGGUGUUCACAGCACAUUUCUACAGUGAGCAGACCUUGGUUUCCAACAGGAAACUCGGUUCUCAUCCUUUCUUAAAGCUCUUUUUGAAUGUUAUACCUACUCAACAAAAGGUCCUAUAUUCAGUACUUUGGAGUAAAAUAGCAUCUUUAAUAAAAGGAAAUAAUCACACUCUCUUGGAUCUGUAAGGAAUAUGUACACUUUGUAAGAGGUGAAGGUCAGGAUUUGAAUUCCAGCCUGCAGUGCUGGGCACCGUGUGAUACAGAUUGGAGUUGGUGAUUGACAGGAGUUGGUGAUUGACAGGAGUUUGUGAUUGACAGGAGUUGGUGAUUGACAGGAGUUGGUGAUCAGAGUUUGUGCUGGCCUGGGGGCUCCUGGGGCUCGUGGGCUCGUGGCUGGGGAAGCCUGCUCGAGGUGCAGGGACCCCAAAUUGUUCUUUGUGCCAGCUGCAGUGAGCUCCAGCAGAGGAUGGAGCCAGGGCUUGGAGCUGGAUGAGCUCCAGGAUCCCUCCAGCCCAAACUGGGGUUCUGUGACCCCUGAGAAGCGGUGCCACAGAGGAGUGGUCCCACAGCCCCUCGUGUCUGUUUGCCUGUAUUUUCAUUUCCAGUCUGGGUUUCAGGGGAAGCAAAGCAAACUGUGCUGUGCGGGGGGAGCGUCCUGUCCGUGCUGUUGAGUUGUGCCCCCCCAGGGGGGCUGCAGCCAGCAUGGGAGUCCGUGUCCUGUGUUCGUGUAGCAGGGGAGUCCCUGCACUCUGGAUAAAGCAGGGACAACUUGGCCCUUCAGUGCCUUAUCACAAAGUGCACGGAGCCACUCAGGACUCGCCAUGGCCUUAGGGGGACACGGGGACAGGGAUGGGGCACGGGGAGGGCGGGGGGCUGGGGAGCGCCGAGGGAAAAAUGAAAAAUGAGAAAUGAGAAAACGACCUCGCCGUUUCCACAGGGAAAGGUUGGGAAGGGGAAGUGCCUGGAUGGGCUGUGGGAACAUCCUGCAGCCCAGCUUCGGAGAGGGACGGCUUCAGGGACACGACUUGGGCUGAGAUUUUAUAGAGAUUGUGUUAUUGUUGUUGUUAUUAUAUCCCUGCAAGUGCUGGAGGCCAGCUUGGACAGGGCUUGGAGCAGCCUGGUCUGGUGGAAGGGGGAAUAGAUCAGUUUUAGGGGGAAUGGAUGAGCUUUAGGGGGAAUAGAUGAACUUUAGGGGGAAUACAUGAGUUUUAGGGAGACUGGAUCAGUUUUAGAGGGAAUAGAUCAGUUUUAGAGGGAAUGGAUGAGCCUUAGGGGGAAUAGAUCAGUUUUAGGGGGAAUGGAUGAGGCUUAGAGGGACUGGAUGAGUUCUAGGGAGAAUAGAUCAGUUUUAGGGGGAAUAGAUCAGUUUUAGAGGGAAUGGAUGAGUUUUAGGGGGAAUGGAUGAGCUUUAGAGGGAAUAGAUGAGCUUUAGAGGGAAUAGAUCAGUUUUAGAGGGAAUAAAUCAGUUUUAGGGUGAAUAGAUCAGUUUUAGGGUGAAUAGAUCAGUUUUAGAGGGAAUAGAUCAGUUUUAGGGGGACUGGAUCAGUUUUAGGGAGAAUAGAUCAGUUUUAGGGGGAAUGAAUGAGUUUUAGAGGGAGUAGAUCAGUUUUAGAGGGAAUAGAUGAGCUUUAGAGGGAGUAGAUCAGCUUUAGGGUCCCUUCCAGUGUGGGUUGUGUGGUCACAGACCAGGCAGGCUCUGUCCUUGCCCAGGCUGCAGCCAGGGCUUGCUGAGCCAUCGACGUCUCAUAGGAACCAAAUUUUCUGUGAAGUCGAGGCCUGUCCAGCCUCGUGUCCGAGGGAAGGCUGAGAGUGUGUGGGGACACCCCACCUCCCCCCCUGCCCACAGCAGAGGCAGCAGUGGGUCAUUACUCUAUUUUGUAUAUUAAACAAAAAAGAUAUAUACUGGGGACAAAUCCUAUAUCAUACCAGUGUAUGGCAUUAUUUAAAAAAAAAAAAAAAAAAUCAUUAUUUUUAUCACAGCAAUUUUAAACAGCAUUAAAAAAAAAAUUAAACCAGUGACUCCUGUUUAAAAAUAAAAGUUGUAGUUUUUUAUUCAUGCUGAAUAAUUCUGUAGUAACAAGUCUGUAGUUUUCACCUACUCAGUGAAAUGUUGGACUGUAAAAGCUUGUGUGGAAUUGUUGAACAUUUAUUUUUUCAUUUAAAUUUGCUGUUCUGGUAAUACAAAGCCACACAUCUGUACAGAAGUUGCAGUAAAUGUGAGCCAUUUACAGCAAUGCCGAAUAAUGGACAGAAACCAUAUAAUAAAAUUCUGCUUUUUUCAUUAAA